AUGGACUUAGUGAAUACAUAUGAAAACGUCGCUUGUGAACGCGUCCGAUUUCGACUACUCCAGUCGCCCCGUGUACGAGGGCGAAUAACGGCGCACACUUCAGCAAUACGAGCAGUCUCAGCUGCAAAGCAGCAUCAGGAGCGAUUGCAAGCAGAGCAAGACGACGGGCAACAGCUCCAUCAGCAGCAACAGCAACAGCAAGAAGAACAGGAACGAGAACGAGAGCAGCAACAACGCAAACAUCAAUCGCCAUUUGUGCAGCAACAUCAUUAUCAACAACAAUAUUUGCGUCAGCAUCGUUACCACGACGACAAUCAGUCACAACAGAGGCAACAAAAGCAACAUAAGCAGACAUCACGACAACAACGCCAACAACGCCAACAGGAAAGUUCUGCCGUUGUCACAUCGACAAUUGUCUAUUAUCAUCCAUCCUCAUCGCGUUUAAAGCACUCGCCAAGUAGUUUUGCUGACGCUGAACAACAACAACAAGUACAAAAUAUCAACAAAUGUCACAGAAACAGCAGUCGCAAUUAUAGUCGGCCGUAUAGAAGCAGCAACAGCCACCAACAUCUGUAA